UUGGCUUCGGGGCGCCAAUAGGGCAGUCGCGAAUACCCACUCGUGAGCACAAGAUCGUUUUCAAUAAUGGAGUACCUUACGGCUGAUAUAGUGUUCGUGUUCGUACUGCCGCAGCUUUUGUUCUGGGCCAUUGCUCUCACUUGCUACAUUUACCGACGCUACAAACCAGUGGACGUGAUAAAGAGCAAAAAGAUCGCCAAAACAAUGACGAGUCCGCCGCUCGGAGAACCUCCCUUCGCCUCCACCGCGAAAGUGGCAACUCCGAAGUUUACGCCCUUCGGAACCGCCAUGCCCGAGAAAUACAGGCGGGUGAGUUCCUUCUCUCCGUUCGGCGACGUCACCCCGAGGGCCUACGGAGGAGAGCCUUCGCCCAAGUCCGACGACUUGUGUUCCGCCCUGGAGGAAAUCUUGGCCAUGAGCACCACCCACUACUCUUCGCCCACCUGCAACACGCCCAAGUGCCUCUCGUUCACGGCGAAGGACGACCUCGACAUCGAAAUGUCUCGGAAGAAGAACAAGAGGCUGAGACUAACGCUGGAAGACCUCCUACCCGUCGAGUACCCGUCAACGCUGGAGCUUUCGCAGCACCUGUCUCCUCUGGCGUCGCCCCCGCUGUCAGCCUCGCAGGCGCUGGAGCAGAGGUGGAAGAGCGUCGGCCGCGGCGUCUUCGCCAAAUUCGGAAGCCUCGACUCCGUUGUGUGAAGAUGCUCCUCUGUGGUUAUGUUCCGGACUCGGUCGAUAUUUUAGUGUCCCUUGCGGUACUUCCUCGGAGAUUGCUUUGAAUUGAACGAUUUCGGUUUUGGGCUUUUCUUUUUGACCAAAGUAUUACUCCUCACCAGUGCUAAUAAUUGUUCGUAAUUGCGAAUGAAAGUUCAUUUUUGAUAAACAUUAAUCCUUUUAUAUACUAACAUUUUAUAUUCCUAUGUAAACACUUACAUAAGCGACAUCCAUACCGAUAUGGAAAUGUUUUAUUAGAACAAGAGAGAAUAAAUCACCAAGAGUAAACGCCACCAAAUUGUAAGGAUCCUCCGGAAGCGCACGACCAUCGAGAUGCCAGUGCCUGCAGCCGACAUUCCGUUUGGCACCAACUCCAUAAAUACGCAGCCAGCGUUCCUUCUUCGACGGAAAGAUGGCUGUGGCCCGAACACCUUGCUCCAAGACUCCUUGCUCUUAUCGUAUUUGUAGACAAGUGCCUGAUACAAAGUUUAUUUGAGAUUGUGCCUGGGUCCCACUAAAACUAAUGAUGUCGACAUGUGUCCCAGUCUGCUGGUGGUUUUGCGUGGGUCAAUAAGAACCAAAUGGAUGGCGUAUCCCUUCUGUACAUUUGGUAUAUUCUUUAUCGAAUAUUGUUU